GAUUGGCCCGGCGGAGGCGGAGAGGUAGGCUGCGCGGGAGGCCGAGAGGGGGCAGCAGGCGAUGGCGGCGGCGGCGGCGGCGGGUCGGCUAGGCUGGUUGCUCGCCGCGCUCUGCCUGGGCAAUGCCGCCGGGAAGGCGGCGCCGGACCCGCGAGUGCUGGGCGUCUGUCUAGAGGAGGACGGAGCGGCGGGCGCGGGGUGGGCGCACGAAGGGGAGGUGCGGGCCGCGCCGGAGGCCACCUUCCGCUUGCGCCUCUUCGGCUCGGGCUUCUCCAACAGCUCCUGGUCCUGGGUGGCUCCUGAGGGGGCGGGUUGCCCCGAGGGCGGGCCGGCCGCAGCGCCCGACGACGCGGCGGCCCCCACGGGCGAGUGGCGUGCGUUGCUGCGCCUGCGCGCCGAGGCCGCGCGCCCGCACUCUGUGCGGCUGGCGGUGCGCGGGGAGCCGGGGGAUUCGGCGGCCGAAGAGGCGGCAGCCCUCACGGGCGAGUGGCGCGCACUGCUGCGCCUGCGCGCUGAGGCCGCGCGCCCGCACUCGGCGCUGCUGGCCGUGCGUGUGGAGCCGGGCGGCUCGGCAGCCGAGGAGGAGGCGCCGCCCUGGGCUCUGGGCCUGGGGGCGGCGGGGCUGUUGGCGCUGGCGGCUCUGGCGCGGGGCCUGCAGCUGAGCGCACUGGCGCUGGCGCCCGCCGAGGUGCAGGUGCUGCGCGAGAGCGGCUCGGAGGCGGAGCGUGCGGCGGCGCGGCGCCUGGAGCCCGCACGGCGCUGGGCGGGCUGCGCCCUGGGCGCGCUGCUGCUGCUGGCCAGCCUGGCGCAGGCGGCGCUGGCGGUUCUGCUGUACCGCGCGGCCGGCCAGCGCGCCGUGCCGGCCGUGCUAGGCAGCGCGGGGCUCGUGUUCCUGGUGGGCGAGGUGGUGCCGGCCGCCGUGAGCGGGCGCUGGACGUUGGCACUGGCCCCGCGCGCGCUGAUCCUCAGCCGCUUGGCGGUGCUGCUCACCCUGCCCGUGGCGCUGCCGGUGGGCCAGCUGCUGGAGCUGGCGGCGCGGCCAGGGAGGCUGCGCGAGCGCGUGCUGGAGCUGGCGCGCGGCGGCGGCGACCCCUACAGCGAUCUCAGCAAGGGUGUGCUGCCCUGCCGGACAGUGGAGGACGUGCUCACGCCCCUCGAGGACUGCUUCAUGCUGGAUGCCAGCACCGUGCUGGACUUCGGCGUCCUGGCCAGCAUCAUGCAGAGCGGCCACACGCGCAUCCCCGUUUACGAGGACGAGCGCUCCAACAUCGUGGACAUGCUCUACCUCAAGGACUUGGCUUUCGUGGACCCCGAAGACUGCACGCCGCUCAGCACCAUCACCCGCUUCUACAGUCACCCACUCCACUUCGUCUUCAACGACACCAAGCUGGACGCCGUCCUGGAGGAGUUCAAGCGAGGGAAGUCCCACCUGGCCAUCGUGCAGAAGGUGAACAACGAGGGCGAAGGUGACCCCUUCUACGAGGUGCUGGGCCUGGUCACCCUGGAGGACGUCAUCGAGGAGAUAAUUAAGUCCGAGAUCCUGGACGAGUCUGAAGACUACCGAGACACCAUAGUGAAGAAGAAGCCUGCAUCUCUGAACGCCCCUCUCAGGCAGAAAGAGGAGUUCUCCUUGUUCAAGGUGUCUGACGAUGAUUGUAAAGUGAAAAUCUCACCUCAGCUGCUCUUGGCUACCCAGCGCUUCCUGUCCCGAGAGGUGGAUGUUUUCAGCCCGCUGCGGGUCUCUGAGAAGGUCCUCCUGCACUUGCUGAAGCAUCCCAGCGUCAACCAGGAAGUACGGUUUGACGAGAGCAACCGCCUGGCCGCCCACCACUACCUGUACCAGCGCAGCCGGCCGGUGGACUACUUCAUCCUCAUCCUGCAGGGCAGGGUGGAGGUGGAGAUCGGUAAGGAGGGCUUGAAGUUCGAGAAUGGGGCCUUCACCUACUACGGGGUUUCUGCCCUGACAGCGCCAUCCUCGGUUCACCAGUCCCCCGUGUCCUCGCUCCAGUCCCUCCGCUAUGACCCACCGCCCGAGCCCACUGACAGCACCCGCCUGUCUGCGUAUUGUCCCGACUACACCGUGAGGGCCCUCUCGGACCUACAGUUCAUCAAGGUCACUCGGUUGCAGUACCUCAAUGCACUCCUGGCCACCCGCGCCCAGGCGCUGCCACAGUCCCCGGAGAACACAGAGCUUCUGGCCAUCCCUGGCAGCCAGACCAGGCUCCUCGGUGACAAGGCGGCCACAGCCCCAGCCUUCCCGGUAGACCUUUCCCUCUUUGGCACAUUUGGAAACUGCAGUUGAUAAUUGACUGUGGACUAGUGAGCAUUUUUUGUUUAAGACAACACCCCAGGAUCCAACCACAGCAGACCUGGCCUCCCAGCAGAGGAGAGCCCUGGGCGGAACCCGGGAGUUUAGCCGCUUGUCAAGCAGCCCCAGGUCUGGGGAACAGACAAGCACGUGGGGAACUGGAGCAAGCUGGAAAGCACCUUCCUGCCAGCCCAUCCUGUCCCCUGCAGGCCACGUUUUAGAUGGCCUUGUACAUGCAGGUCCUGGCUGUCCUCCGAACCAGACAUCAGUGCCAGGAGCCUUCAGCAGGUUCUGCGCCCCCACCCCUAGAACAUGGGGGUCAUUGGGGGCCAGCCCUCCAGGUCUGCUUCCGAAUGGAAUGAAAGGAACAGCGUCAUCUCCAGUCCCCAGGGCCAGCCUCCCUGUGACAGUGUAUUUAUACCUCUUCCGGCCAAGCCACGAUGUGAGCGCGGUAACUGCCUUCCUGUGGCCGUGACCUGUACUCUCUCUGCUUUAUUUGCCAACCUUCUGCUGCUGGCAGCAUUUCUCGAGCAAACCAAGAGCACCACUGUGGGCUGGGGGUUCACAUCCAUGGCCUUGGCCACAACCACCUUGUUGGCUUCCCUUAUGACACUAUGCUUCGGAGCACGCACCUGGCCUGUCCCACGUGCCAAACCUGGAAGCAGCUGUGUCCCUCCAGGCCUGCUGCCUCCCAUGGAGGUGGCUUUUCUUGCCCUGUCCCAAGCCCAGAGCGAGCACACUGGCCCCUGGGGGGUUCAGGAGCCCCUCCUUCCUGCCGCGCCUCCCCCUGCCUGGCUCAGUGGCCACUAACAGUCUUGUCGUUUUCCACGUGUUAAGAGGGAGGUCACAGGUGAGGGGAAGGGUUGCUGUGAUGCACCUGGUCCGUUGUCGUCGGAUCCCAGAGUGGGUCGCCGGUGGCCCCUGGGGUGCUGUGUGGCUGGAAGGCGCCUAGAGAGCAGCAAGGGAGGCAGGGCUGGGUGUGGCCCAGGUAGACCCCCAUCACCUUUCUUUGGAAAAAAGGUGACAUCAAAAGUUUUUCUUAGAGCUCUGAAACAUUUUAAGCUCUUGGCUUUAUUCCCGUUCCAGCUCUCUGGGGCUUUAGAGAAGUGGGAACAAGAAGGCGUUUUUGUCGUCUUCCAGUUACCUACAUCCACCUUCCAUGGUGCUUUAGCUGCGCAGAAACUGGGGCAUCAUGGGGACCCCGGGGAGGGAGGCAGGAGGGUUUCUGGAACCUUUCUCAGUGGCAUUUGGGUCCUUAUCAAGGAUCAGUGGGCGUGAAGGCCAAAAAACAGUGGCAUGCUCACUUAGAAACUCUUCUCAAGGAAUUCUCUCCCAAGAGCAAACCCAGGUGGGAAAUAGAUACUUGAAAAUUUUUUCUCUCUGCAGAAGAGUGUUAACCUUGGCUGCACAUUGGAAUCACAUGGCAAGUUAAAUAUACUGCUCCCUGGGCCGCUCCCCACAACCCACCCACCCAGGGAUUCUGAUUUACUCAGUCCAGGCAUCAGGAUUUUAUUCUGUAAAAUUAUUUUAUAUUCACAGAUCAUGCCUGCUUACCUGAAUGUUAACAUCUUCUAUAACCUUGGUGCACUUAUCAAAAUUAAAAAAUUAACAUUGGUACAAAACUGUUAACUAAAUUACAGACUUCACUUAGGUUUUUAUCUAAUUUUCCAUAAUGUCCUUUUCUGUUGCAGGACCCAACCCAGGACACCAAGUUGCAUUUAGAGCUAUUGCCUUUUUCCCUAUUUUCUCCUAUAACUUUCUACUUUGAAAUAAUGACAGAUUCAUAGGAACUUGCAAAGCUAGAGAUCCCAUGUAUCCUUCCUCCAGCUUUCCUCCAUGAUGACACUGUCUUACAUAGUUAGACUACAGUAUGAAAACCAGGAAUCUGACUCUGGUGCAAUGUGGGUAUGUAGUUCUGUAGCAUCUUAUCACAUGUAGGUUUGUGUAACCACCACUUCAGUCUAGAUACAGAAUUGUUCCUCACUAGGAUCUCCCCACAACGGACGCUCUUAAUGCCACACCCACCCCCUCUGGCCACUACCCCCAAUCCCUGGCAACCACUAAUCUGUACAUCAUCUCUGUAAUUUUGUCAUUUCAAGAAUGUUGUAUAAAUGGGAUCCUACGGUAUGUAAGUGUUGGGACUGGCUUUUCUUACUCGGCACAUUGUUCUGGAGUCUCCUCCAGGCUGCUGCACAUGUCAGUCAGUCGUUGCUUUGUGAUUGCCGUGUGGUAUUCUACCACAGGCUCAGUCCUGUCGAAGGACAUCUGGGUGGUUUCCAGUUUUUGGCUAUUCCAAAUAAAGCUGCUAUGAACAGUCA